CUGUAACUUUGCAGUGCCAGUUGUAGUAUACGAUCACAAUCAAAAGCAAAGCUACUUUUGUUCAGCUUAAAAUUGUUUCCUUAUCAAAUUAACGAACAGCGAUGAAACAUUUGUUUGACACUCGCACACAGAAGUGCUGGACAGAACUUAUAGAGAAAGAAGCCUACACCCGAAUAGCCUGGAAAGACAAAUAUGGGGUCAAAUAUUCCAGGGUUCCACCUGUCAUUCCCAACAAGAAGAGUGAAGUUCCCAAACAAACUGCCAGGAAUUAUAGUCUUCCAGCGAUUCAAAUUCCAAGACAGCAAGAAGAAAGAAAGAAGCAAGUUCAGAAAACACCUUCAAAACCUGAGGAGUUUCCGGAGAUGCGGCCUGUAACUCCUCAAAUUCAAGCUUUAUUAUAUGAUGGCUUUUCGAAAGAACAGAAAGGCAGGUAUCUGUAUCUGGAAAAGAGGAAGGCAAAACACCCUGAGGAAAAAUUCCAGUAUCCUAUUCUAUCCUCCUGGGAGUACGGUUGGAGACAGGGUGAUGUCAUCGAGGAACUCCAGUUACCAGUUCAUGGUCGAUUGAGGACUGUAGAUAAUACUUUCUAUUCAAGAAAUGGUGUCUUCUACAAGCCAUCUGCAACAGAUGCUCUUGCUAAGCUAAACUGAGAACAGGGAAAAUAUUCCCGCAAUAAUAUUUCCAGUAACACCCUGUUUUCUCUCUCUCUAAAUUAUCUCUGAAAUAAUUCCCGAGAGCUUUUGAUCACUGAAAUUUUCUGAAAUGUUUCUGAUUUACCAUCGAUUGGUUAAAUGAUUGAUUACCAAACUGCAGCAUUUGUUAGUUUUUUUUAAUGUCUGUCAGUCAUGUUGUUCAUGUGCUUCAAAUGUUGCAGUAUUGUGAGGCGAUAUAGUAUACUAAUGUUUACAGUCUGAGCUG